AUGGCCCAGGGAAUUCCAAAAACAUGUUUUGAAGGCGAGAUAACUGAUCAGCUGAGAUGGAAAAUAAUGUCUUGCAAGAUGAGGAUUGAGCAGCUGAAACAGACCAUUUGCAAAGAAAAUGAUGAAAUGACAAGAUAUGCGGAGGGCGUUCAGAGAAUUAAAGAGGAGAACCAGAAGCAUUAUCGCAGGGCUCAGCGGCAUCAGGAGAAGAAAGAGAAGACCCAGAGGCAUAACCGCAGGCUGGGAGACUUGGUAGAGAAAAAAACCUAUGACUUGAAAACCCAGUAUGAGCAUCUGGCAAAUCUUCGUCGGACGCAUAUCCUGGAGCUAACAUCGGUCAUAUUUCCCAUUGAAGAAGUAAAGACAAGCAUGAGAGAUCCUGCCGACGUGUCUUCUGAGAGUGACAACGCUAUGACCUCUAGCACUGUGAGCAAGCUCGCGGAAGCCAGGAGAACCACCUAUCUCUCUGGGAGAUGGGUGUGUGAUGAUCAUAACGGGGACACCAGCAUCAGUAUCACAGGGCCUUGGAUAACCCUUCCUAAUAACGGAGACUAUUCAGCCUACUACAAUUGGGUGGAAGAGAAGAAGACUACGCAAGGACCAGAUAUGGAACAUAAUAACCCUGCUUAUACCAUCAGUGCUGCAUUGUGCUAUGCAACUCAGCUUGUUAACACUUUGUCUUUCAUACUUGAUGUAAAUCUUCCCAAGAAGCUCUGCAACAGCGAGUUCUGUGGAGAGAAUCUCAGCAGGCACAGGUUCACGCGGGCAGUGAAGAAGCUGAAUGCUAAUAUCCUUCACCUUUGCUUCUCUCAGCAUGUAAAUUUAGAUCUGUUGCACCCACUGCAUACGCUCAGGAACCUCAUGUACCUGGUCAGUCCAGACACUGAGAACUUGGGCAGGUCCGGGCCUUUCGAAAUCAGCGCUGAUCUCGAAGACUCCAUGGAGUUUGUGGAUCCCAGCGCCGCCGGCGAAACGGAUGAGAGCGGAGACGAGCACGUCAGCGAUGAGGAGACAGACCUAGGGACAGACUGGGAGAACCUGCCGAGCCCCAGGUUCUGCGAUAUCCCCUCUCAGCAGGUGGAGAUGCUGCAGAGCCAGAGCACGCAGGUAUCUCAGCCCAUUGCCAGCAGCAGCGCGGGUGGGAUGAUCUCCUCCGCUGCUGCCUCGGUCACCUCGUGGUUGAAAGCAUACACUGGACAUCGCUAACGAGCAUGGGAAAAGGAUCAUAGGAUUUGUGGAAGGAAUCCCUCCCCGACAAUGCUGUAGUAAACCUUACAUAUUCAGUUAAGUAGUGCCUGGAACAAAGAAAAGGUCAGACUUUCGUUUUGUAAACCAGAAAAACCUUUUUAUUUACCCAAGAUGACUGUGAUGGUACCAUUUUGUAAAUUAGCUAGCUACGUGCUUCUGACGGAUUCUGUGACGGCACUUUGUGUCUUGGUUCUGUCUGCGUUGUCGAGUGUCGGAGAAAAAGGACCCGGUAGCCUCCAGCUCUACUUUCUAAAGAAGAAACAGAUUUUGGAGUACUUGGAUCAGGACGAGUACAGAGGGAAGGCUGCUCAGCGUGCAGUCUGGACAGCGGUGCAAAUGCAGUUCACGUUUCCUUAACUCCUUACAGGGUUUUUGUUUGUGUGUGUUUUAAAUCUGUCUUGCAUAAUGCAAAAAUGCGUAUUUCUAAAUUUUUUUCAUUCAGGACAUGAAAAUUAUGCAUUUUUAACAUGUUUUCUAAUCUCUGUUGCCAUAUUUUUAAUACAAAGAAUCAGCACGGACAGGAAUUCACACAGCAGAUUGCUCUGAUUUUAGAUCUGGUUGUGAAAUGAUACCCAGUUUUGCCGCAGAGAACCGGCUUGUUUCAUGCUGUUUCCACCGGUAGGCAGCCUCGAAGUUCCGUAUUGUGCUGUCCAAAGCACACAGGCUCUUUACUCUUAAUAUCAUACACCAAAGAAACACUGGACAUUCUCUUAGCUAGACCCACAUCUGACGCCGAUACAGGAUUGCGUUGUUGCAAUAAUACUCAUCAGUUACACCACCACGUUGCCACUUUUUAAUAUUAGAAAAACCUCAUUUCAAGCUAGGUGAAUGAAGUCGCGCGGUCUCCACACUACACGCAUUUUAAACCCUGUUCUAUUUGAUCUUUAUGGUGGGGUUUGGGUUGGUUAGUUUUGGGGUUUGGUUUUUUUGUUGUUUUUUUUUUUUUUCUUCUUUUCCUGUUUACUGAACGCCAAGAAGUUGAUUUCAUUUCACUGCAGAAACGCUGGCAGCGCAGCUGGCUGGCGUGCAGAACUGCAGGAGGUGCGAUACCCACGGAGGCGCUGGUUAACAGGCACCCACGCUGUUGCUUAAAGCCGCGUUUGCUCCGUGAGCCUCCCGAUGUAUGGUUUACAUUUGAUAGAGUUGGGACGUUGUACUUCCCCGCGGGGCAGGCGAAUGGAAAAGCACCCGCCCGGCCCUGCGGGAGGGGAGGUUUCUGCCCUGCUGCGAAUCCCAGCUCCGGGGCCGGCUGACCCCAUCGCACGACUCUUCCGUGGUGGGUUUGCUCGGUGCCUCCCCAGGCCAGCCAGCGCUGCCUCCCGUCCCCACCGAGGAGCGGGUGGAGAAGCAGUUUUGGUACCGAUCCUACGUACCCCAGCGAGCUCCUCCGUGCCAGGGGUCCCGGCCGAGCGUCGUCUCCCCCAGCCUCCCGCCCCCCUUGUAUGGCAGCUCGUCCUCUUUGGCCUCGGGGCCGGGCAUCUGCUGUCAGUACUUUCUUUUCAUUUUUCUCUUUUUUUUUUUUUUAAAACCAAAGACCCUUAACUCCGCACUAACGGCACGCACGUUGUUAGCCGAAGUCACCCUUUAUUUUGCCGUUCUUUUGGUCUGAAUCCAGUAGUUGGGUUCGUUCUAAGAGAAGAGCCAAGCUCCCUUGCCUGCUGCAGCCCGAGCGGGGCCGGUGCCCCCCAGUCCCCCCCGCGCUGCCCGGGCCGGGGGCUUUGGUCACCGCUGGUUCACGGCACUUUACUCGCUCGCAGCCAUCGGAUCCUUCGCAGUUCUGAGCAACCAGCACGUACUCACCAGUACUGUGCACGCCCCUUCUGGCUCCCCGUUUAUUUUGCACUGGACCCCACCAUAGAAAUACCUUCUUUUUGUUUACUUGCUUUUUAACGCGCAUUUCAGUCACUUUUUCAUUGCUGCCUUUGUGCUACUCUGAACCCCUAAAGGUCAGGCUGCGAUUCAGCUUCGUACGCUGUCAUUUACUGACUUAGGGCAAGAAAAACCAACACACACACAAAAUACCCAAUUUUUUAAGCCAUAUACUUCAUAACGAUCAUGUUUUCCAAAUAAUUUAUUUGCAGCCAUGUCUUAUUCUGGAAGUGCCCAACGGCACUGUGAAGGGGGUAAAAUGCAUUGGGAUGGGUCUUUUCACAAAACCUUUUUUUGUAACAGAAUACAGAUUGGGGGGGGUGGUGGUGUUUGUUUUUUUUAAAGUGUUUUGCACAUGUGUAGCUAAGGAAGAACCGUGUGUGUCCAAACCUUGAGUGCAAUCGCCAGGAUU